CACCCAACAAAAGAAAAAAGAGUUUCCCCCAAAACCCUAAGGCUUCAGAUCCCCAGUGUGUUCUUUGUUUGUUUUCAAUUUCUGUCUUCGCCAUUUCUCCCUCUAAUUUAUGGGCGGUUUUCACGGAACCGACUCGGCGAGAGCUUCGAUGGAGUCGGUGCAGAGGUCAGAACGUGUUCCUGAGUCGAACGAACCCCAUCUCUCGGGAACAUGCGGCGAUUCCGUCGACGGUGGCAUUGAUGUCUCCGUCGUGCCUCGGGAACCGUCUUCGGCUGUUAGCGGAGGAGGUGGAGGAGAAGGCGGGGCUGUAAAUUCCGGGGCGGAGGUCAGUCAUUCGGUUGACGAUGGCGCUGUCUUGGAGGUCGUGCCUCUGGAGCCCUCGACGGAGAUUGGUGAGGGUGUUCGAGAAGGUGAAGGCGCGAGUAUAAGUUCCAUCCCGGAGGUUAGUGAUUCGGUUUACGGUGGUCCUACCGUGGAGAUUGUGCCUAUGGAACCAUCGUCGGCCAUCAACAUGACGUGGAACCAUCAUGUUGAUGGUGGCUCUACUGUGAAUGUCGUGCAAUUCGAACCGUGUCCAAGGAUUGGUGAGGGAGGGGAAGGAGGAGUUGCUGCCACAAUUGUUCGAGAGGGUAAUUCGGUUGCUGAGAUGAACGACUCACGGUUUGUUGGAGGGGAAAUGGACGUAGAAGCGGCUAAUUUGCCAAACUUUGAUCGGGAAAAGGAUUCUGUUUGCAGAGACAGACAGGAGAAAAAGAAUGAAUUUUCUGAAAAAGAUGAGCCGCUGCCGUUUCCAGUCCUUAGACAAGAAGGUGGAAAGAAGAGAGAAGAGGGCCAAGAGGAGAUGGACGGCAGAAUUGCGGCUGAUGAUGAGGGUAAUGGAGUGGCAGAGGGCCAGAUAGGUCCGAUAACAGGGUCAGAUGAGACAAAUGCUGUAGCUGCGAUGGAGGAGGAAGAUCCAGGGCAGGUUGCCUCCUUGGCAGAUAUUGUUGACGAGGGAGAGAUUCCUGAUGAUAAAGAGCUAGCUAGCAUUACUGGGUCUACGGAAAUUCUUCAGCAGGAUAAAGGUUUAGGAGAUAGUGCCUGCGAGAUAAGAAGCCAAUUGGAAGAGAAAGAGCCAUCACAAGAGUCACAUGAUGAAGAAGUUAAGGAUUUAACAGAUGGAGAUGAAAGAGAAGAGACAGAUGUCAAAGAAAAUGCUAUGGAUGGUCAGAGUAUUCAUAGAGCUGAGACUGAGAUUAGGGAAAGGGAAGGGGAAGAAAAGAAGACUGAUGCUGUGGAGAGAGAAGAGGAGCCUAUGUUGGAGAUUGAAACUAAGCCUCAGGAGGAUGACACAGCAGCAGCUGAGGCUGCAGAGACUGAGACUGGGGAAAGAGGAGAGGAAGAACAACAGGGAGUUGGCAGGAAGAGAGAAGAUGUGAAUAUGUUGGGUACCCAACCUAGACCUCAAGAGAUGGACAUUGUACCUGGGGAGGCUGCAGAAAAAAAUGUUCUGGUGGGUCAAUUGUCAACUGAUGUUGCCCAGUUUGCUGGAGGAGAAGGAAACAAUCAGGAGACUGUUGUGGUUGUUGCGGAGAAUAUGGUUGUGAAGGAUCUUGAAGCUGGUGAAUCGGUCAGACAUGUUUCUGAAUCCACUGAAGAAGUAGAAACUAAUGCUGAAAAUGUGGCAGAUAUGGAGAAAGAAGGGAAUGUGAUCGGUGGUGUUGAAGUAGCAGCACAGAUGGUAAAUACAGAAGAAGUAGUAGAAGCAUCUGAAAAAGUGACUGAAGUAGGGGAAACUAAGAGUACUCAAGUUGAGGAAAAAACUGAUGUAAGGACUGAACAUGAAGUUGAAUUUCAGAAGGAAGCUGAUGAGCCCAAAGAUAUGGAAACACAGGGAGACUCUUCUGUAGCUGAUAUAGUUGAGGACAGGGAGAACCGUGAGGAUACUGAAAUGACAGAGACACCGGAGGAGACCAUGAUGGCCGAGACAGGAGAGGAAGGAGAGGAUGUUGAGGAAGAAAAUAAGAGCACUGGAGCAAAGAGGAGGCAGGGGAGAAAUGCAAAACAGCUGAAAGGGUCGGCAAAGAAGAAAGAGGAAGAUGUUUGCUUCAUUUGCUUCGAUGGUGGUGAUCUUGUCCUUUGCGAUCGCAGGGGUUGCCCAAAAGCUUACCACCCUUCUUGUGUUGGUCGAGAUGAGGCUUUCUUCCAUUCAAAGGGUAAAUGGAACUGUGGAUGGCACCUGUGUAGUAAAUGUGAGAAAACUGCGACCUACCUGUGUUACACAUGCACGUUUUCUUUAUGCAAGGGGUGUGCCAAGGAUUCUGUCAUCUUUUGUGUAAGAGGCAAUAAGGGUUUGUGUGAAACAUGUAUGGACACAGUCAAGUUGAUAGAAAGCAAGGAGCAGGGGAAGAAGGAGCUGGCACAGCUGGAUUUUGAUGACAAAAGCAGCUGGGAGUAUCUUUUUAAGGAUUACUGGAUUGAUCUGAAAGCCCAACUAUCUAUAACUCAAGAGGAGCUUGAUCAGGCUAAAAGCCCUUGGAAAGGGCAUGGUACCCAAGCUACUAAACCAGAGACUACCAGCAAGAAUAAUUAUGCAAGUGAUGGAGGAUCAGAUUCCGAUAGCCCUCCAAAAAGGAGGAAGACAAGGAGACAAUCGAAGUCUGGUGGACAAAUCUUAUCAGGUAAUGAUAAAAGUUCAUCUGGUGAAAAUGUUGACUGGGCUUCCAAGGAACUCUUGGAUGUUGUUGUGCACAUGAGGCAUGGGGACAGAUCCUUCUUACCUCAGUCAGAAGUACAUAGUCUCCUACUAGACUAUAUAAAGAGAUACAAUCUUCGUGACCCUCGUCGGAAAAGCCAAGUCAUUUGUGACUCCAGGCUUCAGAAUCUGUUCGGAAAAUCACACGUGGGGCACUUUGAGAUGUUAAAUCUCCUCGAUUCUCAUUUUCUUAUCAAGAAGGAAUCUCAUGCAGAGGACGUUCAAAGUACCGUAGUUGAUACAGAAGCUGAUCAUGUUGAUGCUGAUGAAAGCUUGGAUUACCCGACAAAAACUGGAAAGGAUAAGAAACGCAAAACUCGCAGAAAGGGUGGCAGUAGGGGACAACAGUCUAAUCUGGAUGAUUUUGCAGCAAUUGAUAUGCAUAACAUUAAUUUGAUAUACUUGAGGAGGAGCUUGGUGGAGGAUCUGCUUGAAGAUCCUUCAUCAUUCCAAGAAAAAGUGGUCGGUGCAUUUGUUAGGUUAAGAAUAUCUGGCAAUCAAAAGCAAGAUUUGUACCGAUUGGUUCAAGUUGCCGGUAAUGUUUUGCACCCGUGCCACUGAACCAAAUCUGCUGAACCAUAUAAGGUUGGCAAAAAAACAACUGACUUUGUACUCGAGAUAUUGAACCUGGACAAAACAGAAGUGAUAUCUAUUGACAUUAUAUCAAAUCAAGAUUUCACUGAGGAUGAAUGCAAACGUCUAAGGCAGAGCAUAAAGUGUGGAUUUAUUAGCAGGCUGACAGUGGGUGGUAUUCAAGAAAAAGCAAUUGCUUUGCAGGAAGUGAGAGUUAAAAAUUUGCUGGAAGGAGAGAUUGUGCGACUGAGUCAUUUGCGUGAUCGUGCCAGUGAUAUGGGCCGCAGAAAAGAGCUUCGAGAGUGUGUUGAGAAAUUGCAAGUGCUAAAGUCUCCAGAGGAACGCCAGCGGAGGUUAGAAGAAAUUCCAGAGAUACAUGUUGAUCCUAGUAUGGAUCCAGAUUGUGAAUCUGAGGAUGAAGAAGAAAAAGAAGAGAAGCAAAGAGAGAAAUAUCUCAGGCCUCGUAGCAGUAGCUUCAACAGAAGAGGACGGGAACCGAUAUCUCCAAGAACAGGAGGAUAUGGUUCGAGUUAUUCAUGGGGUGGCACAAAAACCAAUUCAAGCGGGAACCGUGAACUAAGCAAAAAUCUGUCUGGUAGAGGUUUUUCUAGUAGAGGGGAUAAUCCUGUCGGUGAAUCCGAAGAUAGAGCCAAUGAAAGUAUGUGGACUUCAGGCAGAGACAGAGAAUUGCAACAAUCUGCAAGCCCUGAGAAGCCAGGAUCUGUUUCUCGGAGUUCCCAUCAUGUUGGAACAGCAGAGUUGUCUCCUAGGGUAGGGUCAGAAAUUUCACCUGCACCUCUACCUACAUCUGUCCCUGAACCUGUUUCCCAGAUUAAUGAAUCGGAAAAGAUGUGGUAUUACAAGGACCCGUCGGGUAAAGUACAAGGACCUUUCUCGAUGGUGCAGCUCCGUAAAUGGAACAACACUGGAUACUUUCCCCUGUCUGUUGGAGGAAUGAAAUCUGACCCUGAAUUUGGUUCCAGUGGCAGGACUUCUCCAUCAACCCUUGAAAUUCCGAAGUCUCAGGAUAAUACUUGGGGUCCGAGGUCAGGUUCAGGCACAAACCUUCCGUCCCCUACUCCAAAUCAAACCAUGUCUCCAACCGCAGCAAGGAGACGGAGUUAUGAGAGCAGAUGGUCCCCGACUCCUGCUCAGGCGCCUGUCCAGUCGACUGUUCAGUUAGCAAACUCUUCUAUUCCACCAUCUGCCACAAAUCCAGUUUCCGCCAGGCCUGAUGUCCCAAUGACUCAUCUUGGUCCUGCUAUGGCUCUUCCAUCUCCGACACCGGGUGGCCUAAAUCAGGGCCGGGGAACCAUGCAGGCCGAGAAACUGGAUUCCAGUGGUUCUACUCAGAUUCCAUCUCAUGGUUACCGGGGCAAUGCUCCAUCUUCUUCCCAGAGUUCCUCCCCAUCUUUCAAUGCAGGAACUCCAGGUCUCUUCCCUGCACAGUUUCAAUCCGGUAUUCCUCCAUCUGAUUCAUGGAGGGUUCCAGUUCCGAUUCAACCAAACACUCAGGCACCUGUGCCACUGAACCUACCUUGGGGCAUGAAUGCAAUGAAUAGCAACGACCAAAACGCUCCACAAACGCAGGCUCCGGCGAUUCAAAGCAGUGGUUGGGGACAGAUGCCUGUAAAUCCGAACAUGGGAUGGAUGGGGACCCCGCAAGCCGGAGCAAACCCGAAUUGGGGAUCUUACAGUUGGGGAGGGCAACCGCAGGUGUAUCCUAAUCCCGGGUGGGGUAUGACAGGUCAAGCUCAAGCUCCAGUGAAUACUGGCUCGGGUAACGGACCGAAAACAGGCAACGGAAAUCCGAACUGGGGUUCGAUCAGCCAUGGCCCAACACCAGGUGGUGCUGCAGCAAUGUGGGGAAACAAACAGAACCAGAACGGAGGAGGAGAUAGUACUGCUGGUUAUGGUUGGAACAGAAACUUGAAUGGACAGAGAAUAUGCAAGUUCUUCAGAGAAAAUGGUUACUGUAGGAAAGGAGCAUCCUGCGAUUACAUCCAUAACUAA